AUUUCUCUGAUACCCUAAUUUGGGUCACAGAAUGGUUAAAGCAGCUUUAAGUGGAGAGUGGAUUUUUUUUUCUCAGUUUGUCUUCUGUUUUCAACUCUGAGAGAAUGUUCUGGCCGCUCUUUUUCCUAGUGACUGCUGUCCAUGCUGAACUCUGUCAUCCAGAUGCAGAAAAUGCCUUUAAAGUCAGACUUAGCAUCAGAACAGCUCUUGGAGAUAAAGCAUACGUCUGGGACACAGAUGAAGAGUAUCUCUUUAGAGCAUUGGUGGCAUUCUCCAUGAGAAAAGUUCCCAACAGAGAAACUACAGAAAUUUCCCAUGUCCUGCUUUGCAAUGUAACCCAGAGGGUAUCAUUCUGGUUUGUGGUCACAGACUCUUCCAGAAAUCACACUCUUCCUGCAGCUGAAGUACAGUCGGCCAUAAGAAUGAAUAGGAACCGGAUCAACAAUGCAUUCUUUUUGGAUGAUCAUACUCUGGAAUUUCUAAAAAUUUCUUCCACUCUUGCACCCCCCACGGAUCCAUCUGUGCCCAUCUGGAUUAUUGUAUUCGGUGUGAUAUUUUGCAUUGUUGUAGUUGCAAUUGCACUACUGGUUCUAUCAGGAAUCCGGCAACGAAGAAGAAACAACAAAGGACAUCCUGGAGUGGAAGAAGCAGAAGACAAGUGUGAAAACAUAAUCACAAUUGAAAAUGGCAUCCCCUGUGAUCCCUUGGACACAAAGGGAGGGCACACUAAUGAUGGCUUCCUGAGAGAGGAUGAGCGCCUCACUCCUCUCUGAGAGUGACAGUCACUUUGGUUUUACCAUUCAAUUUUUUUGUAAGAAAUUUACAACAUGCUUGCAUGUGAUAGACAAAGACUAAUGAAAUCAUAAGGCAAAAUAAUCUAGAUUUUUUUCUGAUACGAAUGUGUAAAUGUAGUCAUGUGUUUUGUAGUUACUGAUUUGAGCAUUUCUAGAAAUAGUCAGAGCUAUUAAUAUAUUUCAUACUUUAAAGACCUAAGGGGAAUUUUUUCACUAAGUGGAGAAUAGCUAUAGCAUGGUAUAGAAAUA